UUCUCCGUGCCGUGGUCGUGAAUCUGCGAGUUUUUUCUUGUGUGUUUGAUAUUUUUAUUUGUGCCGCAAAUCGCCUUUGUCUGUCUGUCUGCGCUGAUUGUGUGCUAGUUUAACCAGCGCCAGUUGGAAUUUAUUGUAUAAAAUUCGUUUGCGAUAUUUAAAUAAAGGCGACUGCAAAAACCAGUGCGAAACUCAGCCAAACAAACUGACGGACGUUGUGAGUGAAGAUGUCAAAAACCAGCGUUGGCGAUAAAAUUUUGAUACGCGUGCAGUCGGCAGAAGGCCUCAAACGUAUCGAGAUUUCACCGAAAGCCAAUUUAAAAGAACUCUUCGAAACGGUGCAACAAACUCUGAAAGUUGAUGGCUUCGGACUUUUCAAGGAACGCAAUUUCCUUACAGAAUUGCAUUCUAGUCAUUCGCAGAAAGUGGGCUCUUGCCUAAAACAUGGCGACAUGCUGUUCUUAAAGAAAAUAGCUGGUACUUCAAUACGUCGCACCAGCACUACUGCUAUAGAUGAUUUUGAAACUACCAGCACCAGCCGACCGCCAGCAAGUAGCAGCAAACAAUUUCAGCCUUCCACUGCAGUAGUAGAGGAUGAAGUAGAUCAAACGCUGUCGAAGAUGGAUGGCUUAAUAGAACGCGCACGCGAUCCAAAAGCUUGCCGCCACAAUGCUAAUGGUCGUUGUGUUCAUUGUACACCAAUCGAACCGUAUGAUGAUAACUAUCUGAAGGAGCAAAAAAUCAAGCAUUUGUCCUUCCAUUCGUAUAUACGCAAGCAGAAGUCAGGCAUUGAUGGCGGCAAGUAUGUCGCUUUUGAUGAUAUCAAUUGCCGCAUUAAGUCUGGUUGUCGUGAGCAUCCACCAUGGCCCAAAGGUAUCUGUUCCAAAUGUCAGCCAUCGGCUGUUACACUGAAUCGCCAAACUUAUCGACACGUUGAUAAUAUUAUGUUCGAGAAUCCAACUAUAGUGGAGCGUUUUCUCGACUAUUGGCGUACUACAGCCCAUCAAAGAAUGGGUUUUCUUUAUGGCACUUAUGAAGUCCAUGCUGAUGUACCACUUGGUAUACGUGCUACUGUUGCAGCCAUUUACGAGCCGCCGCAAGAAUCAACACGUGAUUCUAUUAGAUUGCUGGACGAUGAAGCGGCUGCCGAGGUGGAUGAAUUAGCACAUGCAUUGGGUUUGAAAAAGGUUGGUUGGAUAUUUACUGAUCUCAUUACUGAUGAUCCAGCUGUUGGCAGUGUAAAGCAAUUGCGCGGCAUUGAGACGCAUUUCCUCACUGCGCAAGAAUGCAUUACAGCAGGAGAAUUGCAAAACCGUCAUCCGAAUCCAUGUAAAUACGCUUCGAGUGGUUAUUUUGGUUCGAAAUUUGUUACUGUCUGUGUAACAGGCGACAGCAGCAAGCAAGUGCAUACAGAGGGUUAUGCUGUUUCAGCCCAAUGUAUGGCCUUGGUGCGUGACAAUUGUUUAAUACCCACUAAGGAUGCACCCGAAUUGGGUUACGUACGCGAAUCAACGGAUAAACAAUAUGUUCCGGAUGUUUACUAUAAGGUAAGUGCUUCUUUAAAAGUGAAAAGCAUUAUGUGGGAAGCCUUAAAUGAAAAUCAUCCUCGUGGAAAUACUUAA